GGGGGUUUCUCUUCGACUCUUCUUAUCUUUCUCGGUCGAUAUAACAAUUAUUGAGCCGCAAAUUAUUGCUCUUAUCUGCAAUUGUUGCGCCUGUGCUCCUUGGCUCUUGCCUGGCGUCUUUGCCUGAUGUUCCACAUUGUUUCGCCACACGCGUCAUCCGCAGUGACCCUGUUCUAGCUCCAACUCCAGCCCCAGUCCGAGCUCGAGCUUGACUUGUUCAAGACCCUUGUCCUGCAGCGCUGAUUUGCUCUCAAAUAUGUUCUGCACAAUCUCGCCUUGAUUGAUAGUGCUCAUUGCGACCGCUUAACAAAGUGUGGUCUGCUUGCUUUCCACCGCAUUCGAGGUUUAGAGCUUUGGCUCAAUUGAUCGAAUGAGCACCGCCAUCAACACAAUCAGUGGCACUCGACGACCUUUACUCCGAUCGGAACACAACUUUUAAACGCAUCACGGUAAUACGUCGCGAGUAUAAUAUUUCCUUUAGAGUCGAGGCUUUCUAAACCCCCCCUUUUACGCGACACGCAAACCCGUCGCCGCCGCACCACGAUCGCAACGCUUUCCCUCCGCCUCACCGUCUAGCCCGACUAGAGAACCCCAGCACAGCGAAUACCCACUUCUCACCGCUAAGAAAGCUGGGAACGGUCCAAUGGGCGGACACGAACAAGAUCAUGGUCCGGCGACGCCCUCAGGGACCCGCUCGAAGGACCCCGCGCCCGAUAAUGGCCCUGCUGGCAAACUUUCCAAGUCCUCCAAGCGAAGAAAAAACCGCAAUCGCAAGCGUCGCAAUCGACAGGAGUCGUUUCUAACACCUGCCCCGGAAGAAGCCCAUGAUAGAUCUGGAACAGUUCCGGGGAGUGGUGGUGCUAGAGAGGCGAUGGAGGACGAUCGGCCAACGUCCAAGGAUAACCAGUCGUACUUUACAUUGCGCCGGAGGAGGAGCACUACUAGCAUUGAGAGUGAUGCGCUACUGGAUCAUCGAGACCAACCCAUCAUGCGUCCUCGACGGGACAGUCGAGCUGCAACAUCGUUCCGCCCAAGCUCCCUUCUCUCCGGAGCUUUUCGGUCCAACGACAGUCAAUCGCGCAACACCCCAAGGACGGGCCGGACCCAGCAAUACCAGGAGGGAGAUAGCGACGACGCAGAUGCUACCGACCGCACGCCGCUGAUCCGUGGAGGCUCGGGCCACGCAUCUGGCCUGUCGCGGUACGGGACAGACUCACGGCCUAGCCCCUUCACACGCCAACGCCGGGCAUCCGUCCAGUCGACGUCAUCCCGAUGUUCACCGCGAGGUCACUACAGCCCUCCAUACACUCCGGAUGUAGAGCGUGACUACGAUAUCAACAACCCGCCUUCGAUUCCCGGAACGCCCAAAUUGGGCCCUGACAUGAACUAUGACGAUGCGGUGGUGACGGGAGCCGAGUUUGACUUUGCGCUGGGACGAUCGACUGACACGCGCAGGGAGUCUGUGAACCGGCCCAAUGAUGCGUUGAUCGACAUUGACGGUGGUGGCCGCCAAUACUCUGAACCUUCUUCACUCCACUCACAUGAGUUUUCUCCACAAGAACUGCGACGGCGCCGUACCAUUGCGCUGCCGGUGGAAGAGGACGUCUGUUUUCCUACAGAGGAUGUCUCCGAGAUAGGCGAUGAAGAGCCGAGGGCGCCGAGAGACGAACAGGGUGAACGUCGUCGACGCAGACGCCGACAGUGGCCGGACCUCUCUGUCCUGGAAGAAUGGAGUCGUGAAGAAAAGGAAGUUCGCAGCGGGGACUUGCGCGUGAAGAAGAUCAGCGAACCCAUGUUUGUCGAAGGCCGACUGCGACCUCAGUAUAAAUCGUGGCGACGUGAGGAAGAUGAUGCCCCUUAUCGGUUUACCUAUUUCAACGAGGAGUUCCCGAGCACUAUUCAUGCCCAGACAAUCUCGGAGUUGGUACAACCCGGCAGUAGUUUCCGUGAACUAUUCAUCCCCGAUCCACCGGAGUUGGAGGAUUCAGAUUCUGAUGAUGAGCCAGAAGUUGAUCCUUCUGUGAACGGGAAUGCUGCUUCUGGCGUUGGUGGUGGAAACCGAGGAUCGGGAUCUCACUUCGAAAGCCAUUCCACCAAUACGCACAAUGGAAAUAACUACAAUGGCACGGCACCCACCAAUUUGGAACCGCGCAAUGGUCACGAUUACCCCCCUAGCACGGUUAACAACCAUCGCAGCAUUCCAAACCCGCGUUUGUCUAUUAUCAGCGAGACGCGCCCAGGAUCAACCCGAGAGGCAUCGCCAUCACAUUCAAAUGUCCCCGAAAAGCCCAAGCGGUAUGGCCCGCGGCCAACCUUUUGGUUGGAUGUCCUAUCUCCAACAGAUGCGGAGAUGCGUGUCAUUGCCAAAGCAUUUGGCAUUCACGCCCUGACAGCGGAGGAUAUCAUGAUGCAAGAAGCUCGCGAGAAAGUAGAGCUUUUCCGCAGCUACUACUUUGUCAACUACCGUACCUUCGAACAGGAUCGCAACAGCGAAGACUACCUUGAGCCUGUCAAUAUGUACGUGGUGGUCUUCAGGGAGGGUGUGCUAUCCUUCCAUUUCUCACAGACGCCCCAUCCUGCCAACGUGCGUCGACGAAUCCGCCAGCUUAUGGACUACCUAAUCCUCAGCUCGGACUGGAUUUCCUACGCCUUGAUUGAUGACAUCACUGAUGUGUUCGGUCCCUUGAUUCAAGCGAUCGAAGAUGAAGUAGACGAGAUUGAUGAGAAGAUUAUGCAGAUGCACUCUUCCCACAAGGAAGAUUCUUCCGAUAACGUGCCCCCCUCUUUUGCGCCGGGUGAGAUGCUGCGGCGCACUGGUGAAUGCCGCAAGAAGGUCAUGGGCUUGUAUAGGCUACUCAGUAAUAAGGCGGAUGUCGUAAAGGGCUUUGCUAAGCGAUGCAAUGAACAGUGGGAGGUGGCCCCCAAGUCGGAGAUAGGAUUAUACUUGGGGGACAUUCAGGAUCAUAUUAUGACUAUGACCGGAAACUUGACGCACUAUGAGACGAUUUUGUCUCGUGCGCAUUCCAAUUACCUGGCACAAAUCAACAUUCUGAUGAACGAGCGCCAGGAGCAGACUGCUGAUGUUCUCGGUAAAUUGACGGUUCUUGGUACAAUCGUCCUGCCGAUGAAUAUUAUCUGCGGUAUGUGGGGUAUGAACGUGAAGGUGCCUGGGCAGGAUAUCGAUAAUUUGUGGUGGUUCUGGUCUAUUACUGCCGGCUUACUCUUCUUUGGCCUUGCCUCGUUCUUAAUUGCCAAACGGGUGUACAAGAUUGUAUAAAUGGGCAUCGGCUCGUGCCUCGUUUGUGUGAGGAUCUAUCUCACUUAUUUUCAGCCGAUGAUCUAUUUUGCCUCGUCUGUGGCUGAUUUUCCUGCUUCUGUACCCCUCAAUGUCUGAUUUUCUUCGUAUAUGAUGAUUGCCAGUUUAGCACUUGGGCCUACAUAAGCGUGUGAAGGCAUCUGAUUUUAGCCUUGGUAUGGGUUGUGAUUAUACACAGGUGGUUCAUGUUUUUACUUUGUGAUUCCUGUUUUUGGUACUCACAGUGUACGCAUUGUACAUAAACUUAAUGCUAGAAUUGUACAGUAAGCUUCUCUUCUAUCUACAUAGGAUGAAUGAUUACUCUUUAC